AUGCCUUCUACACGGCACGCGCAAAGAUUGCUUGCACAACUUAGCAGCUCUCGUGCCGCAUUCGCCUUCGCCAACCGACAGCAGCUUCAAUUGGGCCGCAGACUCAUCUCAUCCUCCGCAAAGUCCCAGUUCAAGGGUCAAUCAUCCGGCGCAUCAUUCAACCGCUUUCUCAUUGGAGCAAUUGGCCUUGCCGCUGCAGCGCCCUUCGCCUACAAGAUGGCCGUCCAGGAGCCCUUUCAACUCGACCCGCCGACUUUGGCCGAGCGCGAUGCCUUGACCAAGCGGGAGGCCGAUAUCACCGUCGACUCGCCCAUGCGCCUGCGCAUGGAAAAGUUCAUCAAGGAGCAGCAACAGAUAAUCGUCAAAGAGCUCGAGAAGGUCGACGGGGGAAAGUUCCGCAAGGAUGAAUGGAGUCGCAAGGAGGGCGGCGGCGGCAUCACCUGCGUGCUCCAGGACGGCAAUGUCUUCGAGAAGGGUGGUGUCGGCGUGUCCGUCGUCUAUGGCACCCUCCCCAAGCCCGCCAUCGCCAAGAUGCGCGUGAACCACAAGAACCUUGACGACAACGUCGACUCACUGCCCUUCUUCGCCGCAGGCCUCAGCAUGGUCCUGCACCCCAAGAACCCCAUGGCCCCAACCGUCCACCUCAACUAUCGCUACUUCGAGACAUCGAACCCCGACGGCACCGCCCAGGCCUGGUGGUUCGGCGGCGGCAGCGACCUGACCCCCUCAUACCUUUUUGACGAGGACGCCGUGCACUUCCACAAGACGCUCAAGGAGACGUGCGAUGCACAUGACAAGAGCUACUACCCGCGCUUCAAGAAGUGGUGCGACGAGUAUUUCUAUAACAAGCACCGUGGCGAGUGCCGCGGCAUCGGCGGCAUCUUCUUUGAUGACCUCGACGAGACCGAGAAGGACCGCGAAAACACCUUCGCCUUUAUCCAGGACUGCCUUAAGUCCUUCCUGCCGGGCUACCUUCCCAUUCUUGAGAAGCGCAAGGACAUGCCUUUCAAUGAGGCCGAGAAGGAGUGGCAGCAAAUCCGCCGCGGGAAGUACGUUGAGUUCAACUUGGUCCACGACCGUGGCACCGCCUUCGGCCUCAACACUCCCGGCUCGCGAGUCGAGAGCAUCCUGAUGAGCUUGCCUUUGACGGCAAGCUGGAAAUACAUGCACGAACCUGAGCCCAAAAGCCGUGAGCAGCGUCUCGUAGAUGUGCUCAAGGCGCCUAAGGAAUGGGUGUAA